UUUUUUUUAAUGCAAAUCUGCGUAUUGAUUUUUUUUUAAAACAAACAAACAAACAAAUCCACGCACACGAGCCUGCCUCUGGGAGGGAAAUAGCCAGGUGAAAUCUCACUCUGUUUCCAUGGACAACCCGUCCAUUAUCACCCAGGUGACUAACCCCAAAGAGGAGGAGAUCCUGUCCUGCACUCAGGAUAAAGUGUCCCAAUGUAAUAUCAGCUUGAAGAAGCAGAGGAGUCGAAGUAUCUUUAGCACCUUAUUCUGCUGCUUUCGUGACUACAAUGUCGAACCACCAUCUACCAAUAGCACCAGUGCUCUUCCUCCUUUGGUGGAGGAGAAUGGAGGACUUCAGAAGGGUGACCAGAUGCAGGUCAUGCCUAUACCAAGUGAUAUUAUUCUGUCUGCAAAGUUGUAUAUUCAGAGAAGAACUGAACUACAGCCACCAGCUAAAUACCUCCUACCAGAACUGACAGCAUCAGACUACGGGAAGAAGUGUGUGGUCAUUGAUUUAGAUGAAACUUUAGUGCACAGUUCAUUUAAGCCAAUUAGCAAUGCUGAUUUCAUUGUUCCUGUUGAAAUAGAUGGAACCAUACAUCAGGUUUACGUAUUGAAACGACCGCACGUGGAUGAGUUUCUUCAGAGGAUGGGAGAGCUCUUUGAAUGUGUACUCUUCACAGCCAGUCUAGCCAAGUAUGCAGACCCCGUAGCAGACUUACUGGAUCGCUGGGGUGUGUUCAGGGCACGGCUCUUUAGAGAAUCCUGUGUUUUCCACCGAGGAAAUUAUGUGAAGGAUCUGAGUCGACUGGGACGUGAGCUGAGUAAAGUUAUUAUAGUAGAUAAUUCUCCUGCAUCUUACAUCUUCCAUCCUGAAAAUGCAGUGCCUGUGCAGUCCUGGUUUGAUGACAUGACAGACACAGAGCUGCUAGAUCUUAUUCCUUUCUUUGAAGGACUAAGCAAAGAGGAAGAAGUUUACAGUAUGCUUCAUAAACUCUGCAACAGGUAGCCCUUAACUUUGACUGACUUCUGCUACUAGAUUGCAGUUGCUAGAGGCUGUCUCCGUCUUUUUCAGCUCUUUCAAGUGUAAGCUUUGGGGAGGUCACUCCUGUCAGAAGCGCUACUCUUGAUCUUCCUGUUAUGUUGUACACGAAGGACAAUCAUGAGUGAUGCUAUUAAGCCUUCAGAAGCCUGACUCCUAGAGGUCAUGUGUUCAGACUACUUUUUUAAGGAGGAAAAAAAAAAAAAAAAAAAGAAGACGCUAUUUUAAAUGGGACUCUUUUAAUGAAUUUCAUAAAUGGACACCUUUUACUGGAUCAGCUUUUCUUAAAACAUGCCAAAAAAGAAGCUUGUAUUUCAGCAGUUAAUUUCUCUCCCUUUUUUCCCCUCCCACUAUGCAGACAAUUUUACCCCGCCCCUGCUUAGAGCAGUUGACCUGACUCUGAAUUUUUUCUUACAGAAUGAAGUGCCUUUUUGAAUGUUAUUUUAAGAUAAAAAAUUCAUUUUUGUAUAAGACGUAUUUCCAGACAUCUUUUAGUCUUGUAUUGUCUAAAUGCUUUAAAAGGAAAAAGGAAAAAUUUUAUAGAGCACUGUAAUAUAUAACAAAGGAAAACGUUGAAACAAAGAUGCUGGGUUCUUGUCUCCACAGUGACGUUAAGUUGUAUUACGUUUUGUCAUGCUCAGAAGGUUUAAGAGUGUUUGAGAGCGGUGACGUGGGUUACAUGUUUGUUUCACUGAUGUGAUUUUGGACAUAGUUUUGAACAUAUCUGCAGUUGUUUGAGUAUUAGGGAAUGAUGGAAUUGAGAAAAUAGGGUGGCAAAUAGAUCUAAAGCACCUUUUAUUCUUGACAGAUGAAGUUCUAUCAUCUCUGCUUACGCACAACUGCCAUGCCUCUUGUUAUUUGGAAAUGGUUAUCUUGGGAGAAUGGGGAGGAGAUCUAUUUAUUAGUUUAAAAUUCUUUUCUUACAAAAACCCAUCUGGGUAAGCUGGAUUCUGUAUCGAGCUGUUUGGAGUACUUUUUUCUUUUAAUUGCUGCUACUGUAUACUCACCAAAUGGAGUUGACCAUCGGCUGUUAUACUGUUUUUGCCACUGUGCCUGUGCUAUGAAACAUUUUCUGUAAGCUGCAAACUUGGGCAAUAAAUAAGAUGCAGGCUUCAUAACCCACCCUUAUGUAUUAGUCCGAUGGUAUCUGAUAUACCAUAAAACUCAGUUAAAGGUGACCUGCAAAGGAUACUUUUUAUUGUUGUAUUUUUUUCCUUUUUUUUUUUUUUUCAAUUGGGAUGAAGCCUUCUCCUUUCUUUUGUAUGUGAAAAUGCAAAAAAAAAUGUUUUUCCAUCUCCCCUGUUUCCUGAUCCUUUCCUAAGGUUAUGAGGUGCAGACUGGCAGCUGUAUCAACCCUUGCUAAAAGGGCAGGAGUUACUAGCCGAGAACUUUCUCGAAAGUGAUCCUCUGUUUUUGGAGUUGAAUAGAUGUCGUCUCUCCUUCCGAGAGGUUUACAGUUCUAACUGAAGCCUUUUCUCAGUCUGCCUAGCUUUUGUUCUUUUGUGGUGUCAUUGGUACCCUAGUGUAAAUUUCAGUUAUUUUAAGCAUUUUGAAGAAAAAGGCACACCUGUUCUUUUUUUUUUUUUUUUUUCCUUUCCAGUGUCACCUUUUAAUUAUUUUUUCGCACCAGAAAUCUACAAGCGUAAAACUUACAGCUGUGUUGGGCUGUCAUCAAAGAAAGUUAAAUGGAGCAAUCGGUGCUUGUAAUUGGCCUCCUGUUAAAUUCUGAAUAGCUGAUCCCCUUUGCCUUUUUUCUUGAAAAGUCGUGAUGACUUAGGGGGGAAAAAAAAAAAAAACAACAACGAUUUGUAAUGGACUUGGGUUGUAACCCUUGUCGAAAACAUUGGUGAAGCAGCUUAACAAAUUCCUUCAUAGAAGGGCAGGCCAGCCUACGCAGGCAGUGAGUAGGUUGUCGUAGGUGCAGUAUAAAACUGAAAGACGACUUGCCCCCUUGCAGGGCAGCUGGGCACCAAGUGCUUUGCUGUGUCUCCUGGUGAGGGUGUUGCAGGCAGUUCCAUGACGCUCGUGAGUCUGUACAGCAUCGCCAUUGUGUUUUCUUACCAGUUGGCAUUACCUUAGUACUGUAUAUUUCUGUGCCACGACAAAAGAUUCAACUGAUUAAAAACAAACAAACAAAAAAACCUACAAUGUUUAAAAAGAAAGGGUGUAUGGAUUCUGGUUAGUCCAUCAAUGUUUAUGUUCAGUUUAAGAUUCUUUAAUUUUGUUUUUGAGUUCAGAGUAACGAAACUAUAAGCUGCCAAAAAGUUGUUCUCUGAGCAGUAUUUUCAACUGUGCUUGUCGCUUUUAGGCUUCAAGUACAGUUUGCAGGGAAGUAUUCAGGUUGUAGUUAGCUGUGCAGGUAUGAUAGGAACGGCUGAAAAAAUUCAAAGACUUUCUCACUAGCAUUAGACCAAACAAUCUUUCAGUUAGACAAUAAACAACCCCAUUGAGACGUUACCAUUUCACAGUUGUGACCUGUUGUACGUGAGACAAACCAUUGUCAUUAGUUUGCAUUUAUGAAAGCAGCGAUUUCCUGAACCAGUUGCCUUAAGUCUGUGAAUGAAUGUUGAUUAUUAAAGUGUCUUGUAUUGUUUCAAAAUCCACAUAUAAUGGACAACUGAACUUCCGUGCCAACAUCUGGAAGAACUGUCUUGGUGACAUGCUGUACAGCCAUGCUUGUUCUGUAUUGUUUGUUUUGGCUCUUGAAACAUACAAAAUUCCAGAAAAGACUUGUUUUUUAACUGAGUAAAGCAUUAAAAUGAUGCUUGGUGACAACGCAGAGGGGUCAAACUUAGCAACAAUUUUGAUUCAUGCUAAUAUUUUAAGAGUAUUUUCUGUAGUUUCUUUUGUAGAUUCCUAAUCAUGUUAAUUCUCACUGCAGAAUGAAGGCAGUUUUGGGGGGUUUUUUUUUUUUUUUUUGUUUUUUUUUUUUUUAACCUGAUUCCCACUGACAUAAAAUUGGGAGCGUUCUUCUAAGACCAAGUUUUAGCUUUCUUUAGUAUCCCUAAUUUGGGCAGGGGAUCAAACUAUGUUUAUUUUGGCUCCUUUUGUCAUGCCUAAAAUUUCAAGUUUUAGGCUUGCUUGGUUAUAUAUACACUAUAUAUUUAAAAUACCUAGAUUUUAACAAAGCAAUAUAGUUCUAACAAUAAAGCCAGAUACGAGUGGAAUGUUUGUAAAAUUUGCAAUACGGGUAUUUGAUUGUAUUUUAAAUGCAAGCUUUUGAAAAUCAAAAUAGGAAAAAAAUAUUAUUCCUUAAAUCUUUUGCAUAUUUUGAAGUGCAGUUAAUGCAUGCAGGUCACCAGGGCUGUUACAAACCUUGGUUUUCAAUUAUAUUUCUGGAUAUUUUAUCAUAGAGGUAUUAAAAAGUCUUUUCCAGCUGAUCAUUCUAUUCAGCUAAAGAAAUGCUGCCUGACCUGGAGUUCUGUUGUCCCUUUUAUGUUGGGUUAAAAAGGGUUUUUUGCCUGUAUAGGUAUUUUUUAAAUUAAGCUGUAAGGCAGAAUGCCUUAGAUUCUUGAAAUUCAGCUAAAUUCAACUGAAGUGUUAUGAUUAAAUUGCCAUUUGUAAACUAGGGCUGUGCGCAAAAUAUGUGUUAAACACCAGGAAGUGUGGCAAGUUUUGAAUGGAAGAUCUUAGCAAAUGUACAAUAUUGCUGUGUUCAUCUAGGUAGCUUUGGAAGAAUAAUUUGUCUAUUGUUUUGCCCUUUAGUCUUUUUUAAACAGCAAAGUUAUACAUCGAAGAAACUCGACACCUGAAGAGGUCUGGUUAUCAGUGUGUGCAAUCACUUUCACAGCAUGAUUUUGAUUAGAGUGGUCGGGGACAAUAAAGUAUCUAAAUGACA